CUACCAGGAGCUGCUGUUAGCCGGGCGGGAGCCGGGCCGGGAGUGCCAGUGUGGGGUGAGCCCCACGCCCCAGAGGCGCUGGGGCAGGGACACCUGUCCCGGUGUGCAGCGGCACCCAGAUGUCGUCGGGACUUCCCAGGCUGGGCCUGCGAAUGCUGAGCCCAGAAAUCCCCAUCUCCACCUUUGGCUUCGGCCCUGCCCUCACAGCUCCCCUGGGGCUGUGGGUGCGCUUGAACGCAUUGGUUCUGGGAAAUGACAUCAUGGUGGGGAAUGCAGAGCACAUGGCCUGCGGCUGGGGCACGGCACGGGGCUCCGGUGGGAGGCAAGGCCUGUGAGAUGGAGUGAGCCAUUGGGACGGAGCAGAGCGAGGCUGUGGGACACUCGCUGGACACCUGCUGUGCUUGAAGCGCUGCCGUUCCCAGAGCGGUGCCCAUGGGGAGGAUGGCAGCAGCAGAAGCGCUGUCCUCGAGGCCGGGCGGUGUGACAACGAUGGUGCCGCUGUGUGGCACACGGACACGGCGUGCCUGCAGGAAAGGACAGGGCAGUGCUGAGCUGUGAGGGCACAGAGUCUGAAAGUCCCCCCCCCCCCGCAGCACGCACUGCACGCUGCAUACCUGCAUACGGGGAAGUCUCCAGAGAGCAGAGGGGCCGGGAACUUCCUCGGGGAUUGCUCUGGGACAGAGGGAAGGGAGCCGGGGCAGUGGGCAGGCACGAGGCCCUGCCGCUCUUUUGCCUCUUCCCGUAUCAUACUGACGUGUUUCUGGGAACUCGAUGCAGAUGCCAGAGCCUAUGGGGAACACUGAGGGGCUCUCUGGGCUUUUUAAAAGUGAAGUGAAACCUCACACUUCUGCCUGAGGAACGAGUUGUUGGGCCCAGCACAAAGACCUCCUCUUCUUCCCAUGGCAGAUUCCUGGCUGUGGCCGCACCUCCUUCACCCAGGAAGGAGCAGGCGGGCGGCAGCUCCCGCCUGGCAGUGGGCCGGCAGCUGCAGGCUGACAUCCACCCCCAGCUCGGCCGGGCCGGGCGCCCUGUGCGGGGGGACCGAGGGAAGCGCCCCGGCCCCGUACAGCUCUUGGCUACGCUCUGCGGCCCGGGAAAGUCCCGGGGCGGCGGGGGCUGCCGGUGGGGACUUUGUCGCGGGAGUGUAAGCCCGGUGACUGCAGGAUGGGCGGCCCCUGCGGCCCCUUCCUGGGCGGAAACGGGUCGGGGCGUUAAUACCGGCUGCCCGGCUCCGCACGGCUCGGUUCGACUCGGGACGGGACGGGACGGGCGGCGCGGCUCGGCUCGGCUCGGCUCGGAUCGGAUCGGAUGGGCGCGGCUCGGGCCAUGGGCCGGCUCAGGCUGCUGGGGCUCCUCUGCGCGCUGCUCCUGGGCUGUGGGCAGCCUGGUGAUGCUGUAAAUUGCUCUGACAAGCAGUACGAGCACAAGGGCAGAUGCUGCAACCGAUGCCAGCCAGGGAAGAAGCUGGCCUCUGAAUGCAACGACACGGAAAGCUCUGUCUGCACACCCUGUGAGAAUGGUUCCUACCAGCAGGGCUGGACUAAGGAGAGGCACUGCACGCCCCAUGAAAUCUGUGAGAGCAAUGCUGGCCUCAUCGUGAAGAGACAUGGAAACGCGACGCACAACACUGUGUGCCAGUGCCAGGCUGGCAUGCACUGCUCUGAUGCCAGCUGCCAGACCUGCGUGGAGAACCAGCCCUGUGAGCAGGGCUUCGGCUUUGUGGCAGCCAUGGCCGAGGCCCGGAUGACCUCACCGUGUGAGCCCUGCGCAGAAGGCACCUUCUCCAAUGUAUCUUCCAAAACUGAGCCAUGCCACCUCUGGACAAGCUGUGAGGAAAAGGGGCUUGUGGUGAAGGUGAAAGGGACGAACACUUCAGAUGUGAUCUGUGAGUCCAGCCGGCGCUCGUCGCUGUCGGUGCUGAUCCCCAUCACAGCUGCGGUUGUCACCUGCCUCGUGGGCAUCUGCAUCUACUGCCUGGUGCACACAGACCUCAGGCGCCGUGGGCCAAAGCAGGCUGAGGCCGAGGCGUCCAGAGGGCUGGAGACGCAGCAGCCCGAGGAGGUGGACUUCCCGGUGCAGGAGACCCUGCUGGGGGGGCAGCCCGUGGUGCAGGAGGACGGCAAGGAGAGCCGCAUCGCAGAGCAGGAGCAGCUGUGAGAGUGCGGGAGCUGCCCCCGACAGGAGCACCGAGCAGGGCCCGCACUGACCCCCCUGCAGCCGGGGCGGGAGGUGAGCACGGGGCCUGGCCGCCAGCACAGCGAUGCCGUGGGGCACAGCGGGGCCAGGGCCGGGCACCCAGCAGAGUGCUGCGGUGGAGCCGGGCAGGGCCCACGGCGGGACCAAGGCAGAGCCCGACGUGGUGCCACGCAGGGGCUGACCCGAAGCAGGGCUCUGCCCGGGGGACCCUCGGUGGCCGCACCCGCAGCCUCCACGGCGGGGCCCAGCGGCUCAGUGUCAGGGCACGACAAUGACGGUGCCGGCCCAGUGCGGACGGGAUGUGUGGGAAAC